AUGAGCUUCCAUGAGAGAAACUAUCUUAUUGUAGUAGAUUACUUUAGCAGCUUUAUAGAAGUGGAUCCGCUAAUUGACACUACGUCAAAGACGGUUUUGUCAAAAUUAAAGGCUCAGUUUGCCCGUCAAGGAAUUCCCCAGACGGUGGUGACCGAUAAAGGUCCACAUUUCGUCACUAGUGAAUUUCAGCAAUUCGCUAAAAAGUGGGAAUUCGAUCACAUAACAAGUCCGUAUCAUUCCCAAAGCAACGGCAAAGUGGAAAGUGCAGUGAAAAUAUGUAAGUAUCUGAUGGUGAAAGCCCUAGAGGCACGGGAAGACCCGUGGAUGGCUUUGUUGCAUCAACGAAAUACACCACCGCAAGGAACAAUAAGUCCAGCUCAACGUCCUUUUAGUAGAAGAACUACCGGGCUGUUGCCUAUGAAGCCCGAUUUAGUUAAACCUCAAGUGGUCGAUGGGAUCUCCCAACAAUUAGCCAAACAGAAACAAAAUAUUACAAUCAAGAGAAACAGUUGGAAGAAAAAAGCUGUGGUAAUAGAGCAAACUAGAGAACGAUCGUACAAAGUUCGAACAGAGGAUGGUAGAAUACAUAGGCGGAAUCGACGACAAUUGAAGAUUACGAAUAAGGCAAUACUGAAUAACUCAUCUACGCUAGUGAAUAAUGACGAUGUUGGCUUAGAACAAGUAGCAGCAGAAUCCAGUGUCGACCUGCCACCGCAAGACUGCCAACUUCAGGCAGAUUACGUCAAGUUUGAAUUCACUCUGGCGGAUAGACAGAAGAAAGCGUUACAAAAUGCCUUUCAGAAACACACGGGCUACACCCUACGAUUAUCUCACUCACACUUAUCAGGAGGUAAUGUCUGGAAUAUGACUCGGACUCAAUACAACAAGAUCACGAAGGCAAGGACCAACGUCGGAAUGUCGAUUUGA